AUGGCUGAACCCCAAAAGUCAUUUGUCAUUAUGCUUUACAUGAAUGGUGCAAAAUGUUCAAGAACCGUCCAAGAAGGGUGCCAACAGAUGGAGAUCGAUGAUUUUCGUUAUAAGAAAACGAGAAACAAGGCUUCUGAAAUUUCUCCGCCACUAGAAAAGAAUAGAACGACUCAACACCCAUCAAAUAUAUCUUUCAUCAAAGAAAACUCCGGAAGAAGUUCAAGAACUGCAUCCCAAGUUUGUGAGUUGAAGAAGGAAGGUGUAAAGUCAAAGAAAGAGAAGAAACAAAUGACAGAUAACAUGGACAGAAACAAAAAGUUGCAGUGUUGGGUGAUCUUGAAGAGGUUGAUGGUAGAAAGAGAUAGUUGCGCUUUCAAACAACCUCCUGAUGUUAAGGUCUUCGAGUUUCUUGAUAACCCUGAGGCUGUAUCCAAGACAAUAGGUUUGAAGGAUAUUGAGUGCAGAAUGAACAAUUGUUUGUGUUACAAACCUGAAGAAUUUGCAGAUGAUAUGAGGCUUGUAUUCUCUAAUGCAUUGCUAUACCCUUCGAGGAGUGAGAUUCACAUGAUUGCGAUGAGGGUUAGUGGCAAUUUUGAGAGCAGUUAG